CUACAAGAGUUUGUUUAUUGGCUUUAUGUAUCUCUGCCGUGGUCAAAAAAACUAUGUAACUAUGGAACAUAUAUAUCAAAUAAGCUGUUGUACACAAGGACGGUGCUGUUUUGGUGUCACCGCCUUCUCUCAUUUCCUCUUAUCUUCUUAUUCUUUCUCCGAGCUCGCGUUUUUUAAUUUGGCGGCAUCAACAACAAAAGAAAAGCGCUUGACCGAUUGGAUAAAACCAUGGCGACGGCUACAGUUUCUAGGGGAGCUCGUAGGAAGCAAAUCAAAUUAGAGGAAGCUCGUAAAGCUGGGCUUGCUCCGGCUGAGGUCGACGAGAAUGUAGAGGAAAUCAACCCCCACGUACCUGACUUUAUGUUAAAAGCUCCAUGGUAUUAUACCACGUCUGAAACACCGAGUUUUAAACAUCAAAAGAAUUGGAAACUUGAUCCCUUUUGCACAGACGCAUCAUCAUCGUAUGACAGAGGUGCAAAGAUCUAUCAAGCCGAAACAUACCGCAAGGGAGCCUGUGAAAACUGUGGUGCAAUUACUCACGAUGCGAAAGCAUGCACGGAGAGGCCCCGUAAACUUGGAGCAAAAUUCACAAGCAAGAACAUUGAACCCGACGAGAAAAUCCAGUCUCUUAAACUCAACUAUGAUGGCAAGAGGGACCGAUGGAACGGUUAUGAUUCUUCAACCUACCAUCGCGUGCAAGAGCUUUAUGACGCUAAAGAAGACGCACGUAAGAAGUACCUUAAGGACGAGAAGCUUAAGAAGCUAGAGGAGAAACACAAGCACCAAGAAGUUAAUGACCCAACCAGCGAUUGGGAUGAAGAAGAUGAUGACUUAAGAGUCGACGAAGCCAAGGUUGACGGGAGCAAGCAGAUGGACUUUGCAAAGGUUGAAAAGCGCGUUCGAUCAACUGGUGGUGGUAGCACAGGAACCGUAAGGAAUCUGCGUAUCAGAGAAGACAAAGCUAAAUACCUGUAUAACCUUGAUGCCGACUCCGCCCAUUAUGACCCUAAGAGUCGGUCCAUGCGUGAAGACCCGCUCCCAGAUGCAGAUCCAAAUCAAAAAUUUUAUUCGGUUAGCUGCUUUGACUCUUCGUUUAUCAUUCGGGUAGUUGUAUCAAGUCCUUCAAUUUAACUCGCGGCCCUUGCUGUAGUAAAACUUGUAAUCAUAAUACUUGUCAUUGGAAGCUUUUCUUUUGGUGUGGUAGUUGGCUAUUACGAUUUA